AUGAGAAAUAAGCAAGAUCUAUUAAAUUCGUGAGGAAAAGAUUUUUGAAAAAGGCAUUUUGGAGUGUUUAACUUUUUAAGAUGAUGCUUUUUUAAAAGCAUUGACAUGAUCGAUGAUAAGUUCAGAAACCCUGAAUUAACUAUGAUCUUGGCUGGAAUAUUUUUGCAUAAUAUAAAUUUAAAUGCCCUAGGAAGUGUUACCUUAGGAGAGAUCUGUUAUCAAUAUCAAGAAGUAAUAAGAAAUUCAGGAACUUGCAAAUCAAUUGCCAGCAGCUUUAAGUUUAAGGAAUCCGUUUUCAAUGUAUGUGAACUGAUUUUAUAUUUUGUUCUUUGUUGGAAAUCUUAAAUCUUCACCGUUUGCUCUGACUGUGAUAUGUGCAUUGUUUCAUACAUAUGAUACAAUUAUCAGAUUAAUUGAUACAUCUUUUUGCCCACCUCGAUCUAAUACGGGAAGAUUUAAUGGACUUUUUCUUUGAGCUGUUUAUAGAUCUUUUAUGAACUGCUGAGCUUUAGUAUAUUGGCUUGCAAUUAUAAUGCUGCCUAAAAGACUUAGCAAGAAAUUUCAAUUAAGUAAGCUGCUUCGCAUAAAUCAUAUUUUGUGCAAAAUUCUAUUUUGAAAUAAAGCCAAAAAGACAAAGAAAAUUUUAGCAACACCUUUCAAAAUACCUUUCAGAAUUAGAGCAUCAGCUGUUUUCUCUGUUUUAGCAACAUUAGUUGAUAUCUGCGUUGUAAAAUAUAUGCAGCAUAUGCUAUUUUCUUAUUCAAUUAUAUAUUUAACAGAAGAGUUAAGAAAACAUAGAAAUUACUUGAAGACACAGCCAGGAAUCGACAUAUUUAUCAUGUUUUAUUUACAAGAAACACACAUUGUUACUGUUUCAGAGGGAAUUGACUUACUUAGUAUUGUAAUAAGAUGCUUACCUUCCCUCCGUGAGCGAACAAAACCAUUGGAAAAAUUCCUAUUUUUGAUCAAAAAAUCCACCCAGAUAGCACACCAGAAUUUUUUUUAUAUAAGUAAUUAUUAUUAUAUUGAAAUCUCUAGCAAAUCCUGUUUAAUUUUAAGCAAAUUGCUUUUAAAACAUAAAAAUUACAAAUUAAAUAUAUAUAUUUACUUUCCAAUAUUGCUAAUUGAAAUUUCAAAAAAAAUUACUAUAAAAUUUAUAUAUAUAAAUUUUUUAAAAAAAAAAUUAACCCCUUCUAUGGGCGAAUAAAAUAUUUUUCCUGCUCAAAAGGGUGGAAAUUAGAACCGAUUUUCCCAUGCAUUGCUAUUUCUCUUAUUAUCGCAUCAAUUGCUGCAUUAUAUUCUAUAGGCUUAAUGCUUUUUAGAUACAAACAAUAUAUGCUCAUAAUUGUCAAUGAGCCCGAAAACAGAGAGUUUUUAAAGCGAGUUUGAAGAUUCCCAAGUUAUUUAGCUAUAUUUUUCCCAUGUAUCUAAUAUUUAGCUCAAUUUGUAAUGAAUACUGCUUUUCUUCACAUAACGUUUUCCUUUGUAUUAUCUAGUUUCCUUUAUGCAUUUACUAUAUUUUUUAUGUUUACAGAUGUUUUUGCAUAUAUUAUGAGCAAGCCUUUACAGUUUUGGCUGGUUUUAGCCAUUUUAUUUUGAGGGUAAACUUAACUCAGAUUAAUUUAUUUUCCUCAUCUUGUUGAAAAUGAUAGGACAGUAAAGAAUAAAAUGUAUUUUUGCUUAUGGGAUAGCUGAUUUUUAUUUGCUGGAUAUACGAGCUCAAUUAUUAUUGGCGUCUUCAGAUAUUUUUUCGGAGCAGGGAUUGCUUUAUUUCUAGGGUUUAGAGCUCACAUUAGUAAUAUGGCACCUCCAUUUGAUAGAUUGGAUGCGCUUUAUCGGAGUUUUUACGGAUCUAUUACUAUGCAUUGCAUUAUUCUAGGAAUUAUGCCAACAAAAGAGGAGUUACUAGAAAUAGCAAAUGCCACAAGAGACAAAGGUCCUGCUAAAAUAAUCCUUUAA